AUUGGUCAAGGAGGGCUGGCUCCACAACCCGGACACGGGGGUGUUUCUGGAACCUGGUGGGCAGAAGCUGUGGUUUGACCCGGAGGCCACCGUGGUUUUUUGGGGCUCGCGGCGCGUGUGGUUUGGGGUGAAAGAGUACAAAGAGCUCUUCGAGGGCUCGGUGCUGCCUCUCUGUGCUCAUGGCGGAGCCAGCUCAAGUACGGCCACCAGCAAGCACUUGUUCAUCCCUGACUUGCACCGCACUGCACAAGCCCUGAAGGCCGACCUGGGACAUUUGGAUCGCCCGGCUGCCUUGCUCGCCUUGUUGGACGCCGCGAGCGCCCCGCCGCAUGAGCGGCUGAUCCGGCGACUGGCCGCAUGCCGCAGCGAGUGGUCUAUGGAGGCCCUGUGGAAAGGAAUGAAAGGGCGAGCUCCCCAUGCGCAGGCCCAAAGUAUCGCGCUGGCAUUGGUGGUGGGCCAAAGAGCCUUCGCUGCGGCGUUUCGGGGGGCACGGUGUUGGCGUUUCGGGGAGCUCGGACCCUCAGAGGGACAUGGAGUCACCAAAGCAGACUUCAUGAAGUGUGAAGUGCUUUGCCACGACUUUGAGAAGUCUGGUGCUGCCUACGUGGUCCUCUCGAUGGGAGAUUUGGGUCUAAAGGCUUCAGAGAUCCGAGAAGUGGUGCUGCCUCACCUCACUCAAGCCAGGCCACGAGCAGCCAGUCUGAGCCUGCGGCAGGCUGCCCAAGGGGUCGGCAUUGGUUGCAUGAGGCGCGUGGGAUCCGAGCGCGGAGGACCACCCAUGCUGGGACAAGGCAGGCAGCCUGCCAAGCGGCAGCGCGUGGUGGGUGUGGAUGCCAGGGAGGUGCCCGGACGCGUGCGCAUCCGGCAAAUCCUCUUGCGAGCCUGGCGUGGGGGAACGGCACCGAAGCCAGAGGAGCCGACAGAUUGGGAAUCCUUGACAGGUGAAUAG